UUGACUUCGGAGCAGCUCGGGGCGUACUCGGCUCUGCUCGGUUUAUUUUCCUCCCGCCCUCCACCGGAGCGGAGCGAGAUGAUCACCGGACCCUGCGGCGUUUGGGCGCUUUGUGGUCGGACAGUCUGGACGGAACGGACCGGGAACCAGAACCGACCGGAAGCAGCGACCGGGCGGCAGCACGGAGCCGAACAUCAGCGCGACUUUACGGGCGUUUCAGAGCCGAGAGGCCCCGGAGAGAUACCGAGCGGUCCGAGGCAGCGGAGCCGGGUGGCGGUGGACUGCUGGCGGCUGCAGCUGCAGCUGCGGGCGGAGGACUGACUCAGAGACAUGUACCAGGUCCAGGGGAAAGGGGAAAGGGUCGUUGCCAUGGUGCUGAAGGAGCUUCCUGGUAAAAAGGCAUCCUCAGAAGGAAACCCCCUCCUCACCGUGACAACCAAGCUGGUCCGAGAACAGCAGGAGAGUCGACCACUGCUGAGUCCCUCCAUCGAUGACUUCCUGUCGGAGAGCCGGAGCGACGCCCCAUCCACCCAGCCCCUCACCUCCAACACAGCUGUUCUGUCCACAGCUCUGGACCUGGUGGACCUCAGUGAGCCGGGGGAGAGCAGCGGGGGCGGCAGUGGGAGCAGCAGCGGUGGUAGUAACGGAGGUAGUAACGGCGGAAGUAGUGGCAGCUGCAGUAACAAGGACCAGAGGAGGAGUCCUCUGAGGAGGAAGGGCAGCUUGAGGAGCCCUCGGCGCCGGACGAGACCUGAUGAGACAGAGCUGAUCCAGGUGGAAGUGGAACACCUGCCAGCCAGUCCCAGAACACCUGAGAGGAUCUCGCUGGACUCAGUCAGUCUGUCGUCUCCUCUGGACAAAUGGGACGAGGUGAACCUGGACGUGGAGGACGAAGGACACAGGAAGAGAUACGAGAAGAGAUGCACCUCCCACCACUCCUCCAGUGAACUGCUGUGGUCUGCAGAGUUUAAAACUGACCCUCUAACCAAGAACUCCUUCGACAUCCACAGCUUCGAUGAUCUCGACUUCAUAUCUUCAACACAGGACAGCGCAGCGUCCAGACAGCGCAGACGGACUCGUUCCCUUCUGGCCAGAAACGAGUCUCUGGAGGACGAGUUUGUCAGAGCGAAGGCUGCUGUUGAGUCGGACACGGAGUUCUGGGAUAAGAUGCAGGCCGAGUGGGAAGAGCUGGCCCGGAGGAACUGGCUGGAGGACUCUGAGGGUCAGGCGCCGAUCCCACCCAGUGUCUCACCUGUGGAGAAGGGUUACUUCUUCAAUGCCAACAACCCGUACAGAGACUGGCCCAGUGCCUUCGCCGAGGGGCAGGAGAAAGCUCGGGAGGGAGACCUGAACGCCGCCGUCCUGCUGCUGGAGGCCGCCAUCCUCCAGGAUCCACAGGACUCUGAGGCCUGGCAGGUUUUAGGAAUGACGCAGGCUGAGAACGAGAACGAACAGGCCGCCAUCGUGUCGCUGCAGAGGUGUCUGGAACUCCGCCCCAACAACCUGCCGGCUCUGAUGGCGCUCGCUGUCAGCUUCACCAAUGUCGGCAUGCAGCGUGAGGCGUGUGACGCUCUGCGCCGCUGGAUCAGCCACAACCCCCGAUACAAACACCUGGCGGUGGAGCGCAGGAGCCCGCUACAGGGCUCCCCGGCCACACCUCGCAAGGGCCCCCACAACUCACCACCAGCCAGGUGUGAGCUGCAGGACGUCCUGCUCCUCUUCCAGGAUGCGGCUCUGUUGAAUCUGGACUGUGUGGAUCCGGACCUGCAGACCGGACUGGGCGUCCUCUUCAACCUCAGCUCUGACUUUAACAAGGCUGUGGAGGCGUUCACUGCAGCGCUGUCUGUCAGACCACAGGACUACCUGCUUUGGAACCGUCUGGGUGCGACACUGGCGAAUGGAGACCGCAGCGAGGAGGCCGUGGAGGCGUACACCAGAGCUCUGGAGCUGCAGCCUGGAUUCAUCCGGUCCAGAUACAACCUGGGGAUCAGCUGCAUCAACCUGGGAGCUCACAGGGAGGCGGUCAGUAACUUCCUGACGGCUCUGAACCAGCAGAGGCGGAGUCAGCGCUGCAGCCACCAGCAGAUGUCGGCAAACAUCUGGGCCGCCCUGCGAAUCGCCAUCUCCCUGAUGGACCGGCCCGAGCUGUUCCAAGCCGCCAACAUCGGGGACCUGGACCUGCUGAUGAGGGCCUUCGAUGUGGGCGACGUCUGACGGUGACGGGGGCGGCCUGGUCGGACUGAAGGUUGUCUGUCGGGUCAGCUCAGAGGAAGUGUGAGUGUUGUCUCCUAGAAACAGAGGACCAGAGGGGGACAUGGGCUGGAUGUGGACAGUUUGGUAUGAAACCAAAGAGACAAUGACGUCCGCAGCAAAAUCCUUCGCAAUAUAACAGCACAACCCUUUAGCUUCCUUUAAGAACACUGUCCUGUUGUCUCGGCGCCGAUGACGUCAUCAGCGCAUCUGCAGAUCCUUCAGGUCCUUUAAUGUUUAAACCGUCCAGAAUACGAGUCUUCUACAUGACUACAACAAGCUGGAGAGGAGUUUCUCUUUAAACACACAAACAGCUCUUCAUUCCUCUUUUAUAUUUCAUCAUAUUUUAGUUUGAAGUCUCAGUUUUCAUUUCCUGCUGAUACAAACUCGACUCUACAGAAGAUCGUCAGCGUCAGAAAAACUACACCAGAGGAAGAUUUGGCGUCAGGUUUUCAGAUUGUCCGUCCGUAUGUCUUGUUCUCCUGAACAAGGAGUUUCUUCAGAUUUGGCACAGACGUCCACUUGGACUCAACAAUGAACUGAUUAGGAUUUGGAGCUUGAAGGUCAAAGGUCAGCUUGACUGUGACAUCAUCAUGUUGUAACGUCAUAUCUCAGGAACAGAAGGGGAGACAUUUGGUCAGAUACUGAAUUGGUGGCUCUAAUCUUGAAACUGUGCUGAUUGUAUAGAUCUUCUGUGUGUGAAGCAUCCAUGUUUUCACUGACAUGGAUGGAGACUGUCAGACACUGGUUGCUUAAUCGCAGAGAAAAAAAAGGAGCUACACUCAAAAUAAAUCCGAACUAUAUGACUGGACCAUGUGGGACUUUAAUUUGAAAGGACAGACACAGGAAGUUUCCACGCUCAGCAGUCAGACAGGAGUCAGGUAUCGACAGAUAUCUUUCCCUUCUUCUGUCAAUAUUCAGUCUGAUGAACACGUUGAUCAUGUUAGUGCAGGGCUACUCAGAGCUUUACAACUGUCCCACAGACGACAGGCCGACACGCUUAUACACAGCUCCUGGAGGAAGAUCAGCUCAGUGCUCAAGGUUUCAGGUGAACAGGAUAUAUGAUGCUUGUUAUAUGAGCUCUGCUGAGUGCGACCGAGCGGCUAACUUCCUGUUUAGUGCUCCACUAACAUGAUGAUAAAACAAUUGAAUCCAAUGGCUCUUCCAAAUGUUCUCAGACUGAAUGGAUCAAAUCCUGAUGGUGAGACGAGUCAUUUCUCAGGAGCUGGGCGACACGUGACGAACCCCCGGAAACUGUAGUACCGCUAUUUGGCCACUAGGAAAACUGUCUUCCUGGAGAUCUGGGUGGAGCAGACGUCUCUGUUUGUCUGUAAUCUUUAGUCCAAGCAGUGCUGCUGUUCUCAUUUAUAUGCUCAUGACACAGAGAGACACUGGGCAUGUGCGAACUGAUGAUAAGAUAAGCUGCACUUCAGAGGUUUGAUCAGGACUCCAGAGCUGACACAUGUAGCUGCUCACAUGGUGAAUCAGUCAUUCAUAAAUACAAAUCUAGGCCACAUGUUGCACAUGAUGCAUCACAGCCCUGACACAUGAUCUGCAUGAGGUCGAUAUAAACACACAAACAUACAGUAAUCUUCACACACACACACACACACACACUGGCACACAUCAAUACAGAACCAGCAUGUUCCUCAACAUUACUGCACGACACCUGUGGCUCACACGCUUUGUUUUACGUCCACACAGACGCACAGUGAGUUUAUAAAGACCCUCACCUCACAGGGCGUUUUAACAAACCGUCAGUUUAUACACACACACACACACACACACAGGAGAAAAAACGCUUUAUAGUUAUUCGUGAGCAAAGGAAACGUGUCCGCAGGUCUCGUAGCUGAUGUAGAAAUGAAACUCCUCUCCAACACAUUUGAUGUGAAGCAAAGAAGAAAAGCAGCUGCACUCACCUGACAGGUCUCAGCCCGUCGGCCAUCUUCAACACAAACUGCUGCAAGAAAAGAGAGUUAUUAAUAAAGUUAUUGAUCACUGCUGACCCGACAGUUUGUAGGUCUCUAAAUAACGUGUAAUUAUUAUUUUAAAAAAGAAAACAUAAUAACUUCAUAAAUAACUUUUGUCUUUGUUUUCUGUUUGUAACUUUGACCUGCAGUCAGCGCACAUCGACUGAAACUGUGACAGACAGACGUCAUCAUGUCGUGAAAAGGCUGGAAAAUAAUUUACAGUCAUAUUCAGAAUAACGUUAUGAUCUGUAAUAUUCAUAUAUUUCAUUUAUUUUAUUGAACCUUUAUUUUAAAAGUCAGUUAAUUAAUUAAUUAACUGUUCAACAGCCUGUCAAAGGCAGAAUGAACAGAAGCUGACUUCCUGUUUGUCGUCAACACGUUACAUCAGAACCUUUAAAUGACGUGUUUGUGAUUUCAGUCUGAUCAAAGCAGAUUUGAAUAUUAAUAUGAAUCUGAACUUUGAUCGUCAGCUCUCAGGAGUUUUAAUCUUAAAGGACCUUGAAGGUGAACUUAUUGUCUCGUUUCUUCUGAACCUUAAAGCUCAACAUUAAAUUAUUAUUAUUAUUAUUAUUAUAUUCUUUGUUUUAAAUUCACAGUUUGAAUUCUGACAACUUCAUUUUAAUCUUUCAAAUUUCAGUUUUAAUGUUGCCGUUAAACUUUUUGGAUCCUAUCUGAUGAAGCUUUAAUGUUUUGGGAUGAACAGGAGCUCAGGGAGGUCAGUGAUGAAGAGGAGGAGGACGAUGCAGAGUUAUGACUGCUGAGGCUGCAAAAAACACAGACCGUGAAUCAUGUAUUUAUUUUUACGUACUGCUCCGCCCUCACGCCACGAUCACACAGGAAGUGGUUUGCAGGUCACAAAACACAAAGCGCACCGCGCUGAUUUUUUUUUUUUUCCAUUGAAUGCUGCUUGUAUAAACACACUUGCUGCACCUUUUUAUUGUUGCCAGGCAACCAUCCCAUUACCUCCUCACCCUAACCUUCCUGUGUGAUCAGUCUGCAGGUUGUGUGUCCUGCAGUAAUCAGUGUGUAGCUGCUGCCAUGUUGAGGCAGAGGGUGCUGUCUGUAGCUCUGGGUAUCCAGCAACCACUACCACCAGUUUCUCCUCCAUUGUUUACCAACUGUAAACUUGUUGUCAUGACCACCACAGAAGGCCCGCCUCUCACAUCAUCCCAUUGGAUAAUGGGGAAAAAGCAGAGACGACGUGGGGCCUUUUUAUUGCUCUGAGAGUUUUUCCAACUCGAGGAGUUCAGGCGCCUAGAGCGCAGAAACACGAGGCACAAAGUUUGAUUCUCGUUAAAAACUGAUAGAAAAAGACGCCUCCAGCUGCUGAAUCACUUCCUGUGUGAUCGGGCACAAAAUCAAGCCGUACUACUUAGUCAUAACUCUGCGCCCUGAACUCUGACGCUCCUGUUUGUGUUUCUGUAGCAUGAAAUUUAAAGUAAAAAUAUCAAGUUGGUGAUUUGGAAGAUCUAAACGUGAUGUGCAGAUAAAACGCCACAGACGGAGGUCAGCCUGCUGCUCUACUCUGAAAUAUCUGUAGCUUGAACUUUAAGUUGUACCUGUGCUCACUGCAGGUUAUAACACAUGAUAUCCCUCUGUCAUGGUUAUUUUGUUCACUACUGUCAGUCAUCUGUCUGCAGCUCAGUCAUGUGACAUCUCUUCAGCUGAGCAAAGGAUUGUGGGUCAGAACAGACAGUAAAACACGCUGGCGUACAGACGGCACAUUCAGCUCCUGCUGUCUGUAGCAAACUGCUUUCAUGUGUCGGGACAUGUUCGGUCUCUUUCUGGGUGCGAGGACACACACAGAGACUCAACACAUAAAGUGAGUAACCUGCAGCAAGGUGACCUCCACCUGUGAGCCUGAACCACACUGAAGAAGAACUCUGACACAGGAAAUUAGAAAUCUUCAUCACUGACGUGGAAACGAAACAAACGUGAUGUUUGUGUCACUUUGUUCCCUUUAAACUCUGAAAGCCAUAACACGUCCCCGCUGAUCAUCAGAGGACUGUACAUGUGUCCGCUGCUGCACAACGUUUCAAAACUCAGCUGCUGCUCCGUCAGGAUGUUCUUCAUCAUCAUCAUCAUCAGCAGCAGCAGCAGCAGGUGGUGUCGCCUCCUGCAGGAACACAGAGGAACAGCAGGUUGAAGUGACGCCACCUGCAGGACACCAGCGGCUCAGUUCCUCUUUAUAAAGCUGCUGUUUUUUUGUUCUUUAAAAACUCGACUGUUUUGUUUCUGUGUCGUUUCUCAGUUUGACAUUUUAUUUUGACGGUGUGUGUGUUUCCUCACUGACUUCCUGUCGCCGGCUCUCAGGUGAAUCUUCAGUUUGAUCCCGCAGCAGUUUCUCUGCUCGAUGCACAAAACACUCAGACAGCAGAAUAUAUUUAUACUGCAUCAAAUACUGUAACCUUAAUAUCUGCAAUAUCUCAUGUUAACCUGUCGUCAGCUGCCUCUGUACUCGCUCUGUUUCAGGUCGGAGGUUCGUUUAAAGACGACCUGAAUUAUUUAACCUCCAGCUGAGAGCUCAUCGGACUGAGAGUGAAGGAAACGUCUUCAGAGGCAGACGAGCUGAACGCACACAGAUAAAUACAGAUUUAACAGACACACAGAAACACUGACCUGAUGUCUAUGGGUCGCC